AUGACGACAGCGACUGAAAAUAAACCUAAAGAAAACGUAGAUUACUAUGACCAAGUGUUACCAAAAAAGGAGCCCAAAUUUAUGACGCCAAUUAGAAGGUGGGAAAAACGAAUGGGUCUAGUGACACCAAUCGUGUGGACCAACGCUAUUAUCCUUACAUUACUUCACGUAGCAGUUCCGGGAUACACAAUAUAUCUUCUGUGUCAUGGAAUAAGAUGUUUAAGGCAGACGUUAAUAUUCCAAGUGCUGUACGGUCAAAUGGUUGGAUUAGGCAUCUCAUGUGGAAUACAUCGCCUCUGGUCGCACCGAACUUUUAAAGCCACAACGCCACUACAAAUAUUGCUGUUGUUUUUCUUUUCAACUACUGGACAAAACAAUGUAUUUGACUGGGUGAGAGAUCAUCGCGUGCAUCAUAAAAUGUCCGAAACAUCAGCUGACCCUCACGACUCCACUAGAGGCUUCUUCUUCGCCCACUUCGGUUGGCUCAUGAUGAAGAAACAUCCCCAUGUCAUUGAGGAAGGCAAGAAGGUCGACAUGAGUGAUAUAACCAGCGACCCCAUACUCUCUUUUUAUAAUAAACACUUCAUGUUUUUCAAAAUAUUCUGCUGCUUUUACCUUCCAACUAUGGUACCGGUAUGGUUUUAUGGUGAAGAGUUGUACAUCGCAUUUUUAGCUACUGUCUUACGUUUCGUUUAUUCGACGAACAUAACAUCCAGCGUGAACAGUUUUGCACAUCUGUAUGGAAUGAGGCCUUAUAACAAACAUAUAGCACCAGUGCAAAACAUCGGUGUUUCCAUUCUCGCAUACGGCGAAGGCUGGCACAACUACCACCAUGCAUUCCCCUGGGAUUACAAAUCCGCUGAGUUGCCAUAUUUCAUUAACGUUAGUACUCUGUUCCUCGAUGUUGCAGCCUAUCUGGGACUUGCAUAUGAUUUGAAAACGGCGUCUCCUUCACUCAUUGAUGCUGUCGCUCAAAGCAUGGGAGAUAAUAGCCGAAAGCAUCGCAAGAAAGAGAUUUAA